AUGGAGUAUGGAACAGCAGGAUUACAGGAUUCUAUGUUAAAAGCUAUCACUUCAAAUGAUGAACCUUCCAACUCAAAUAUGACAAAAUUUAAAAAGAUGUAUGAUUCUUUGGAAAAUUCUAUAAUUGGAAAAUCAUUAAGUUUUGACAUUAAUGAUCGUGCUAAAGUUAACCUAAAUCAAAUUUCUGAUAUCUCAAAAGGUUUAGCGGUAAAAUCUCAAAAAAUGAAUUAUGAUGAAUUUGAAGCAAUGCCGAUGAAGUAUUUAAAAAUGAUAAGGGAUGAAGAUAUUGAUAAUUUAAAGAAUGAAUUAAAAGAAAAUGAAAGUCAUAUUAAUGGAAUUUAUCUUUUAAAUAAUAGUUACACACUAUUACAUUAUACUAUAUUAUUUAAAAAAGAGAAAGUACUAAAACUUUUAAUAGAAUUAGGAGCUGAUGUAAAUAGUCGAAGUAAUAUGGGAUUUUCACCUUUACAUUUAGCUUCACGGAAUCAAGAUUAUAAUAUGAUUGAAUUACUGAUUAAUACAUACCAUGCUGAUAAAUAUGCAUUAGAUGUUGAAGGGAUGACGUAUGCUGAUAGACUUUUUUUAGCUGAAAUAAAUAAUAAAUCUAAACAUGAUAAUUCACAUGCCAAAUAUCGUGAAGUUUUUAAAAAUUUUAAUGAUUCUUUUAAUACAUCAUUUAAAUAUUCAACAAGAAAAGAUUCAUUUAUUUUAUUAAAUAAAAAUCAUAAAAAUAGAUCUGUUUCACAGGAGACAAAAAUUAAGAAAGAAGUUGAUUCAAAUGGAAUUUUUAAAAGUAAAGUUUUUUUACAUGGAUUAAAUAAAAUAAUGGGAACAGCUACAAAUCGUAUUCGUCAACGUAGUCGAUGA